CAAUUUAAGAUAUGCGAUAAGGUUUUGGUAAUAUAAAUGUAAAGUCAUUUUUGAAAUAGUAAGGAAUUGAUCUAGCAACAUGAAGAGCCUAGGGAUUUUAGUAUAUAUCUUAGUUGCGAUACAGGGCCAAAGUGCGGAAUCACCUGAUGAUAUAAGUGUGCCAUGGUUGGUUCAUCUUCGUUUCACUCGCUUGUCACUCAGAGGUAAAUUAGAUACCUGUGUUGGAGCUCUCUAUAACGACAGAUGGGUUCUUACUGCAGCUAGCUGUUUGAUGGAGGACAUUGAGGGUUAUAAUAUAACGUCUCGCUACAUCUGGAGUCGCUUCGAUACCAAGCAUGUCUAUACACCUGGCUUUGUGAUUGAAUCUACAGACGUUAUAACCCACCCUGAGUUUGAUCCCAUAACUUUGGACAAUAACCUUGGACUUCUUGACCUCAAUACGCGUAUUGAAUUCACGGACAAGAUCCAACCCAUUGCAUUGGCAAAAAGUGACGAUGAACCUCCUUCAUCUGGCCGGGCUUGUGGUUAUGGCGAAAAAGAUGGGAAAUUUGGUGAAGAUCUUUUCUGCGUGGACGUUACAAUUACUGAGGCUGACGGUCUCCUUAUUGCACAGAGCAGUGUAAAUGCUUCCAAGUAUGAUAUUGGGGCCGCUUUAGUAUCAGAUGGGAAGGUGCAUGGUAUACUUGUACGAGCUGCCGAUGACAACUCAGCAGGAGCUUUCCUACCCACUUCCAAGUUUGUGUCUUGGAUAGAGGAUAUGACAAUCGAGAAGGAACCUGACAGUGAGGAGACGUUGGAGGUCGAUGAUAAUGACGUGCUUGUAGCUGAAUGAUUAUAAUUAACUCAGAAACAGGCUAAUAAUAUAUUUUAGUAAAACAUAAAUGAAAACUUAAUAUACUAGAGAAUACGCGCUCGAAGAGUGACUAAAACUCAUAUCCCUAACUUAUAUACUACUGCUACUAGUGAUUCUUGUGUCCUAUUUUUAUAGUCCUUUUCAUUGACUACAUAAUUAUGUAUUAAUUCCUUGUAUUGUUCUAUUACUUAUCUCUUUUACUUUUUGGGCUCACCUUAUUUAAUUUAACUUAUUUUCCCUCGUCACAUUACCUGAAUGAGAUCGCUUGCAAGCGAUAAGCCAUUUCAUUUAAUUCUCGUAAUUAUACAGUAUUUUUUGAAACGUUGUGUAAAUAAAUAAUAAAUAAAAGAGCAGAAUGUUUAUACCACUGUAGAGUUUACGUUGUUUCUUAGUAUAAUGUUGAUAAAGAGUGUUAAAAAUUAUCUUAAUUUAUCAAUAUUAAAGCCUUCAAUUAUUAA